AUGUCGGAGGUCGUCCAAACAAACGAAACAGAAGGUACCCAAAGAACAACAGAAGUAAGAUUUGGAAAAGACUACCACAAUUCUUUCGACACCAAAGCCUUUUUGAGUUCUUUUCACGAAGCUUGGUCCACAAUGCCCAAGGGACAUCUUCGGGUGUUAGAAUUUGGUGGAGGUCCAAACAUUUCUGUUCUAAUUAGCGCCGAACCCUACACAAAAGAGAUCAUUUUUGCUGAAUACAGCUAAAGAAAUCGACGAGAAGUGUAGGGAUGGUUGCAGAAAUCACCUGAUCCUCAUAAUUGGUCAUCGUAUUUCAAGUUUGUCGUUCAGAACUUGGAAGGAAGGACAAGUGAAGAACUGGAAAUUCGACAAGAUGCCCUUAGGAAGAAAGUUACCCAUAUACUAGCCUGUGAUAUUGGUUGGGAGGACCCAGUAAAAUGGCCAUCUGUGGUCCUCACAGAUCGGCAAAGAUCGGCUCAGAUCGGCUCGUUUGAUGUGAUCACGACAAAUCUGUGUCUGGAGGCUUCAGGGGUGUUUUGCCCACAUCCGGCUUCCGUGACAUCUUCAGAAGAGUAUCGUCACGCGAUCGCCGAGCGGACAAAGUACCUGAAAACUGGUGGAUAUUUUAUCAUGCCUGGAGUUCUGGAGGGAAGUUUGACAGGCAUACAUUAAGCCCAUCUGGACGUUAGCUGCAUUGAUCAUUAAUGGCUAUUCAUUGGCCGUAGAGACACUUCUGGCGACUUCUUCCGCUGUUUCAAAUGCGGCAAAUUUGGACACUGAGCUAAGGACUGUCGAUCCUUUUCCCG